AAUUUCUGUUUUAUUUUCUUUAUGUAAGAGUGGAGUACACUUUACACAUAAGUUUCAAAAUAAGAAAGCCGUGUUUAGUAUGUAUUAGUAUCUCAAAAGGGUAAACAAAAACGUGUGUUUCAUUUAAACUUCUGUGAAUCAUUCGCUGUUACGCUGGUAUAUCUUUAUACGCGUUCUUUUACAGUUUACCUAUGGAUAAUUUAAUUUAGAUGGAUAAUUGAAACAUCAUAAAUACUAAAUUACAGAUAUCGAUUGUUCAAAACUAUAUGAACAUGAUAAAUCAUUCUAAUUGACAAACUCUUUUAUUUGCACAUAUUAUUCAAAGAUACUGCUUAAAACAUAAGAUAGAAAUUCUUUUCUAUAUCAAUUAUCAACAAAUAAUGUGUUAACUUUAACCACGUUAUGGGAGGUUCACACGGAGGACAUAAACACAAGAAGGAAUAUAACAUAAGUGACAUACAUAUACCUGAAAACGGGAAUUUUAACGAAAACAUAUCGGAACCGGAACUUUCGGAUGAUGAAGUUACGAUGUUAAGAGAAAUGUGGACGAUUGUAAACAAGCAUGUUGCCAAAGUUGGGACAGUGCUAUUUGUAGAUCUGUUUGAGACGCACCCGGAAGUUGAAGAUGUAUUCAUGUCUUUCCGCAAUAAUAGCAGCUCAGAGCAAGAAUACCAGCAUAUUAUCCGUGCGCAUGCGCUAAGAGUAAUGGGAACCGUUGACAAAUGUAUAUACAGAUUAAACAAUCGGGAUAAAUUACGAGAGUUAAUGUUUGGUCUUGGCAAACGGCACAAGAAUUAUAAUAUGAAGACAGACCAAAUUGAGUUGAUGGGACCACAGUUUAUAACGUCAAUUAAACCUCACCUAGAAAAUAUGUGGACAAAGGAACACGAACACGCUUGGGAAAAUCUCUUCCUGCUCAUGUGUUAUCAUAUGAAGAAAGGAAUGCGCAGCAUUAGUUAUGAAUAAUUACUUUGUUAAUAUAUGUUAAGCAUUGUUCAGUUAAAUAAAGCAACUAAUCGAAUUUACUAUGAUUCCCAAACGAUGGUGACUGGGCAUUGACAGUUCUUACUUUAAUUAAAAGCGUUCAAGUUUCUUUCACUGCCCUUUUACAAAGGCUAUGGCUAUAUCUAUGAACAAUAGUGCACACUUCGUAGAGUUGUAUUACCAUUUCCAUGUCACUAUGAAUAAGGCAAAGUGAAUUAUCUCGAAAUACUUAAGGAUCAUUUUCAAUCUUUUAAUACUAUAUUGUAUGGAAAAUCAAUCAAAAGGCAAAAUUAUGUUUUUGCAAGUUAAACAUUAAUUUGCGUACCUUCUCCUACAAAAUAUUAUACAUUUAAAAUUAUGCUUACAUACUAGAUUGUGGAAAAAUAUGUAUGCGUAACAAUACUACGGAGAAAAAUGUAAUGAAUAAAGAAGAUAUUAGUAUGUUAUAGCGAAAAUAGUCAGCCAAUUCCUUAAAUAAAAUGUAAUUAAACUUUUGAAGGAUAAAAAAGUAUUGUAUAUAUUAUCAAGGAAGAUUUUAUAACUAAAACACAAACUAAAUUUGAUUGUAAAUGUUUUGACAUUAUGUUGAUGAUUUGUGCUUAUCUUUGUGUAAAACGAAAUUCCAUGUUUUCUAAUAGUACAAUAAACUCAUAAAACAACAAAAAAAACUUUAUAUAAACUUGAAGUAAAACAUUGACGCCUUUAACUACUUGUAGAGUGACGAAUCCAGUACAUAGGUUGUUAUCGUAAUUUAUUAAGAGAGGCAUUUGAAAUCAAAUAACAAAGUAUAAUUACUUACGAAUUUAUGCUGUUGCAGUAUGUUUUAUAACACGUAUGCCUUUUAAUAAACAAUA